AUGCUACCCAUGCAACGAUGCGCGACCCAGGAGGAACUGGGGAACAUCGAACAGCUUUGCGAGUCCAGAGAAGACCCCGUCUUGGGAAAGGUCUACAAAGUUCACCUGGCCGCGGACGUCUUGGAGCGAGUGCACGAGGAAGCCGAGGGGAAGCUGGUGCAGCUGGAGACGGCCUUCAAGAAGAAAUGCACGAAGGCGAUCGCCCAAGGCAGCACGCCGCUAGCUCUUCAGGACCGUGCCGCCGCCGCUGAGGACGAGCACGCGGAGAUGGAGUCGGACGAGGAAACGGCUCCGGCCCCGGGCAACAAAAAGAACAACAAGGGUCGGGACCCCGAGGCCCACAUGCAUAGCAAGGGGAGAAAAAUUGCAGGCCCAGUGCAGGCCUGUGUACCUCAAGCAUAA